UCUCGUCUGUGUGUUUUUGUCCGGAUGCGGAAACAGUGAAGCGGCGAGAUAGUGUGUCGUUAAACCAACAUACAGGAUGAAGUUUGUAAUAAAACGGUUGACUAUAUCUAUUAUAAAUAAACAUACAGGUGUAUAGAUAUUAGAUAUAUAGUAGCGGUGUUUGGCAGCAGGUUGUUCCAGGAGCAUGCACUCGAUUGUGGAGGUUAAAGGUGUGAAAGCUGGAUACCGGUGUGGAUACUGUAGCAGCUCGGGGGGCAAAGUGUCAUUUGGUAUGUGGGCACACUCACUGACAGUCCAGGACUACCAAGACCUCAUUGACAGGGGAUGGAGAAGGAGUGGCAAGUAUGUUUACAAGCCUGUCAUGAACAAGACCUGCUGUCCACAAUACACCAUUAGGUGCCAUGCCUUGAACUUUCAUCCUACAAAGACGCAUAAGAAGAUCUUGAAGAAGAUGACGAAGUUCCUGUCGAAAGGGGAGAAGCCGGCAGGCCGGGAUGGUGCUGGCUGUGAUGGUGAGCGGAUGGACAUGUUCGAAGAGGGAGGUGAAGUUCCUUCGGUGGAGCCUAUGAAAAUCCAGCACUCUCAGGUGGAGCGUCCCAUCAUCCCCAGUAGUCCUGAAAACGACAGCAGUUCCAAACCAUCAACAUCAGAGACUGCAGGAGAGGAAACGGCGUCGUCUGUGGCAGGAAAGGGCCCACGCCUCACACCUAAACCAGGACAGGGAGCGGACCCAAGCAAACCUCCAUGUCGCAAAGCGAAGGAUAUCCGGAAAGAGCGGCGACUACAAAAGGAGCAGCAGAAGCAACAGGAUGGAGGAGGCGCUUUAACAAACUUCAAGCCUGCUCCGGCGACCCCAGCGUCUGGCCAACCCAAACCGCUGGAAGAAUUUAUCACCGACUCGCUGCCUGAUGACGCUCUUCACCGCUUAGAGGUGAGGCUAGUGCCGGUCAGCUUUGAGGACCCUGACUUCUUGACGUCGUACGAGCAGUCAGCGGAGCUGUUUGCUUGUUACCAGAUGGCCGUUCAUGGCGACGUUCCUUCCGAAUGCGAUGAAAUCCAGUUUAAGAGAUUCCUAUGUGACUCACCACUUGAGGCGGAGAUGUGUCCUGAUGGGCCUGAUAUGGGCUACGGCUCCUUCCACCAGCAGUACUGGCUAGACGGACGUAUCAUAGCCGUGGGCGUAAUCGACAUCCUGCCCAACUGCGUCUCCUCAGUCUACCUCUACUACCACCCAGACUUCGCCUUCCUCUCGAUGGGCUCUUAUUCUGCUCUCAGGGAAAUUGCCUUCACGAGGCAGUUGCAGAAGCAGUCACCCAAGCUCUCCUACUACUACCUUGGCUUUUACAUCCAUUCUUGCCCCAAGAUGCGCUACAAGGGUCAGUACCAGCCUUCAGAUCUUCUGUGCCCAGAGACCUACAUGUGGGUGACGAUAGAGAAAUGCAUUCCCCGCCUUGACACCUCAGCCUAUGCCCGGCUUAACGACGACACCCGCGCAGGUGAUGCUUGUCAACUGAAAGACUUGGGCCGGGUUCGGGUGCUGCAUAAGCGGACGGUCAUGUCGUACGCAGCCUAUUCGCGGAAAAAGAAAAACGAUGAGAAAGACGUGGAGCAGUAUGCAAGCCUGGUGGGCCAGACGUGUGCAGAGAAGAUUCUCCUCUACCGAUCUUAGCUCAGUCUGUCUGAUGUCCAACUCUUAGUGUGAUGGUCACUCUUGUUUAUUUUGCCUUUUAUUCCUCGUCCCAUGUGUGUUGAUUUUUCUGCGCCUGAUCUUUGUUUUCUUCCAGUGUGUUGUCUUAAAGCUUCAUGCCUCGAAGGAAUUCUACAGCUAUAAAGCCUGUCUAUCCCACGUCCUUCAAAGUGUUUUAUAUUUAAGUCCUCGUGAUCUUGCUGCCCACAUUCACAAACUACAACCGUCUAAUUGACAUUAAUUCAAAUCUUGGUAUUGUUUUAUUGUUGAAUGUAUUUUUACUGAUAUAAACAACGAACGAGGUUGUGAUGUGGUGAUAGCUGUGUUUAACUAGGGUCUACAUUUGUUUAAAUAAAUUGCUACCAAAGCGAGGUCUGUGACUGGUACAGUGCUAACGACAUGUACGCUAUGAGGUCUGAAUUCAGCUACCAAAGAUGCAGAAAGAAAGAAUUGUGUGGGUUUUUUUCUUUCUUAGGGCAACUAGAAUGAUUACAUAGGAUGUGAUAUGUAAUACUAAAAUGUGAUCAUGUGCCAUACUGGAGGCCUGAUUUAAAGCUCCAUGUCCAUGCUUUCAUGAACAUUAUAGCCCCACUGCUUUUCUUCUGUUUUGUUGCACUUCAAACACAUGAAUAAACUCAUUAUGAUCGUUCA